AAGUAAACAUUGAUCACAUGCAAUUUCCUGUUUGGCGAGGUGCUCUUGGACUUUUAUCUCUGUGUGUGUGUUGGUAUUUUAUUCUGUCACUAACGUUACAUCGGCUCCAGUCAUGAGUGCUAUUAUUCCUCGGAUAGAGCAGCUGUCCGCCCGAGUUGUCCGGGUUUUGGGUUGUAACCCGGGACCGAUGACUCUGCAGGGAACCAACACUUACCUGGUUGGCACCGGGAAAAGGCGGGUGCUAAUAGACACCGGAGAACCUGCUGUGCCUGAAUACAUCAGCAGUCUGAAACAAGCACUGACACAGUUCAACACCAGCAUCCAGGAGAUCAUCGUCACUCACUGGCAUCACGACCACACGGGAGGAGUGGAGGACAUCUGCAGGGACAUCGCAGGUUCUGAGAUCCGAGUCAGCAAACUACCUCGCCUCUGUCAAGUCAGAGACACAGCUGGAAGCAAGAGCUAUACCUACCUAAAAGAUGGAGAUGUCGUCCAGACAGAAGGGGCUACACUCAAAGUGCUGUUUACCCCGGGCCACACUGAUGACCACAUGGCCCUGCUGCUGGAGGAGGAGCAGGCGAUCUUCUCUGGAGACUGCAUCCUGGGCGAGGGCACGGCCGUGUUCGAGGAUCUCUACGAUUACAUGAAAUCUCUGAACAUCCUGCUGGACUCGCAGGCCGACCUCAUCUACCCUGGUCAUGGCCCUGUGGUUCAGGAUGCUGGCUCCAAGAUCAGACACUACAUCAGCCACCGGCACCAAAGAGAGCAGCAGAUCCUGGAAGCCAUUCAGGACGGAGCAGGAAAGCCUUUCACUUCCAUGGAGCUCGUAAAGAUCGUCUACAAGGACACUCCUGAAUAUCUGCACCAAGCAGCUAAUGUGAACUUGGUCCAUCAUUUAAAGAAACUGGAGAAAGAAGGCAAGAUUAGCUUGGUUAAUGAGUCCUCACAGAGCACCAAAUGGAAAAGUAACCUGUGAAGUCCACCAAGACGAUGAUGAAAUGGGCUCUUGAUUGACCAUUUGUCCUGGAUGAUGAAAAACCCAUCUGGUCAACAGUUAGAUCAACCUUCAGCACAAUGUUUGUCCUUCUAAUGCCUUAGGUCUGCUGAUUGACAGACAUGGGAAAUGAGAAAUCAGGGAUGGUGGUUUUGUUGCCUUGGAGGUUUCCUAGGUUAGAGUGCACAAAACAAGACCCAAAAAGCGGACUCACCAGGUCUGAGCUGCAGCCAGUGUCAAAGUUUAACAAGGCUAAAGUUUGUCUGAAUGUUAGUUGAGUUUUGCCUGUAGCUCCAAGGAAGAUUAUCCUUGUCCUACAGUGUGAUCAGUGUGCCACAUUGAAUUUAAUUACUUGUCUUCUGAGCCUCUCAAGCAGCACUUAUGUAAACCUAAAACUAAAUGUGCUGUCUUUGCUGAAAUAGCAGACUCAACUCCAGCCAGGGCCCUAACCCUAACCAUCUACAGAGAAAUAACCAUUUUAUUAGUGAGUCAAACACCACCCUGUCUUUUCCCUCAUUAUCUGAUUGUGGUUAAUGUGGCCACUGCAGGAUUUUGUCAAUUAUUGUAAAAUGUCCAAUAACUUCAUAUAAACAGUGGCUGGGUGUAAGAUUUAAGAGGUGACAGUUGCUCACAUGUAAACCGCUAAAUUUAAUUAAUAGACUAAGUGUUUUAUGAGAGUAGUCUUCACAUUAUAUGCGCAUUAUACAUUAUGGUGAUAUACAGUGUAUACCGUAUACACACUGAAUCAGUGCAUGAGUGAAGCCCUGAGGGUGACUGGUCUCAAAGCGUUUGUUCUGUAGUUAUGCUUGUGAUGUUGUUGGCACCUCCCCAUCACUGGUGUUUGUUCAGUUCUAUCUGAGGACAGGUUUUACAUGUGUACUGAACAGGAUUUUCCCAGAAAUGAAUUGUGUUUACUUGUGAAUCUUAUGGUGAGUGACAUCAGGGCAGGCAAAAGAGUUUGUACUUUUUUUCUGGGAAGAAGGCCCACCUGUAUGAGAAGCGUUUGGUUAGGGAAGGUCAGUAGGAUAAAGACAUGAGGAGGAGAGUUUUAAAAAACGUGUGCUCAGACUGUUGACUGUGACAGAUGGCAGAUGCUCUUACAUGAUGAAAUAUAUAUUUCUAUCCACCA